CUUACAAACCGUCCAACAUGCCACUUACACACCGGAGUCAUGCCUUAACAAUACAAAUGCCGAGCGCCACAAGGCGCUCUCUCCUUUACAGCAUGCAUAUAUACUGCGUCCGGUCUCUACCGCAGCCAAGAAUAUGAAAAUCGUUCGUACCUCAUCGUUCCUCGCAACAUUCUUCGGCCUCCAACGAACAACUUCCGCGGAGCUCUCGUCCAGCAACACGACCUUCAAUCCCCUCCAAGGCAUUCAACAGUUUCCAAUAUCGUCCUACAGCGGCAACAUGACACGCCUCGCACCUGUCGUCUCGCUCUCGCACGGCGGAGGUCCCAUGCCUUUGCUCGGAGACCCAUCGCACGCCGCCAUCACCAAGUCGCUCAAGACAAAGGUGCCCAAGAUACUCAAGCUGGGAACAUCUGAAGCCCCGAAAGCUAUCGUUCUGGUGACUGCGCAUUGGAGUACAAGCAAGGUCACUGUCUCCAGCGGCUCCAAGCAUGAGUUGUUGUACGACUACUACGGCUUCCCACCAGAGUCGUACAAGAUAAAGCAUGAUGCGCCAGGAAGUCCUGAGGUCGCUGAACAGGUAGCGCAAGCCCUGAAGGAAGCCGGUAUCGAGUGUGAGAAAGAUGCCAAAAGACCAUGGGACCACGGCGUCUUCGUUCCCAUGAAACUCAUUGACCCUUCGGCCACCACUACCAUAGUCCAACUCUCAGUCCUCUCCUCCGAAUCCCCCACACAGUCCUAUGCCAUCGGUCGCGCCCUCUCCACCCUCCGCGCCCAAAACAUCGCCAUCAUCGGGAGCGGCUUCGCUACCUUUCACAACCUACGUCUCAUGUUUGAUGGCACAUCGCGAAACCCUGAGUUCAAAGCUCUGAACAAGGAGUGGAGUAAGGCCGUUACCGAUGCUGCCAUGACAGAGAGCGACCAGGAGAGGGAAACCAAGUUUGAGCAUUGGAGGAAGUGGCCGGGGGCUUACACUAUGCACCCCAGAGGUGGAGCAGAACACUUUUUGCCAUUGGUAGUUUGUGCGGGUGCGGCUGGGAAGACAAAGGGCAGGAGUUAUGCCGAUGAUUUUACGGGAACGGAUAUGUGGAGUUACUAUUGGGAGGAAGGGCAUUCGCUGGGCUGGCUGUAAGAUUCGAGAAUUUUGGCUGUAUGAAAGCCGAUGGACUCCACAGUGAACAGCAAAAACGUGUCGUAGAUCUGGCAGAAAAUAUUAUUGGCUUCCUUUGUACUCUACAUUGGUAUCAUUACU